UCUUCAUAAUAUAGAACGAGGGAGGCUGCGAAAUGAUUGUUUGCCUUAGGGCUUGUGGAAAUAUAACGGCAUAUAGUUUUGGCUGAAGCGAGAUCGAGUGCUCAAGCAGUUAACUUUGCGAAGGAGGUAGAUAGGCUACCUGAUGCACAUUUAGCGCAGGAAUCCGAGGGAGACGAAUUUAUUUUCUGCAGCUGCCAUGAGACUCGCCAGUAUGGCGGUCCGUGCUCGGCGUACUGCUGAACCAGCUGAGAAAGAACCAGAGCCAGAACCAGAAACAGAAAUAAAGCAUGAACACCAUCCUGCUCCCCCAGCUCAUCCCACACAUCACAACUAUGACAACAUGAAGAGCAAAUUCAUGAAUGAACUGGAGCACCUGCCGCUUCCCAUGUGGGCAGUGGGGGCUAUUGUGGUGGUGGUCUUGGCCCUUGUGGCCUGCUUUGUGUUCUGCUUCUUCAAGAAGUGUUUUGGCAAGAAGAAGAAGUCCAAGAAAGCCAGGGAGAGAAAGGGAGCGGCACGUCGCAGGAAAGCAGGAGAGGAGGGAGAGGUAGAAGGAGGACCGAAGCAAGAAGAGGGAGAGAAAAAAGAGGGAGAGGAGCAGCAAGAAGAGCAUGAACACCUGGGAAAGCUGGAGUUUUCUUUAGACUACAAUUUCACUGAAUCUCAGCUGAUAGUCGGGAUACUGCAGGCUCAGGAUUUAGCUGCUAUGGACAUUGGUGGCACCUCUGACCCAUACGUGAAGGUCUACUUGCUUCCAGACAAGAAGAAGAAGUUUGAGACUAAAGUCCAGCGCAAAAACCUCUGCCCUGUGUUCAACGAGACCUUCAUCUUUAAGAUCCCAUAUGCUGAGUUGGGUGGUAAAAUCCUAGUUCUUCAGGUCUUUGACUUUGACCGUUUUGGUAAACAUGAUGUGAUUGGCCAGAUAAAGAUUCCUAUGAAUAGUGUGGAUCUUGGACAGCCAAUGCACCAAUGGAGGGACCUGGAAAAUGCAGAGAAAGAAGAGCAAGAGAAGCUGGGUGAUAUCUGUAUCUCUCUGCGUUAUGUUCCCACUGCUGGCAAACUAACUGUCAACAUUAUGGAGGCCAAAAACCUCAAGAAGAUGGAUGUGGGUGGUUUAUCAGACCCUUUCGUAAAGAUUGUGUUACAGCACAAUGGCAAGCGACUGAAAAAGAAAAAAACCACGGUUAAGAAAAAUACUUUGAACCCAUAUUUUAAUGAGAGCUUCAGUUUCGAGAUUCCAUUCGAACAGAUACAGAAAGUCCAGCUUCUUAUCACCGUUUACGACUAUGACAAACUGGGCAGUAAUGACCCAAUUGGCAAGACCUUCAUUGGCUAUGGAGCAACUGGUGUCGGCCUACGUCAUUGGUCGGACAUGCUGGCAAAUCCAAGGCGUCCUGUGGCCCAGUGGCACACCCUCCAGCCCGAGGAAGAAGUGGAUGCUGCACUGAAAGCACCCCAUCGCUAAAUGCAACCAUCACUAUGUCAGCCAGUGACUAAUUACAGUCUCUGCUUGGCCCUUGUCCACCUUGACAACCAUACAUUGUUUUCCCAUUUUAUCCUCCCAGUUGACAGCAUGACAGUCAAUUUUGUAUCCUUGGAGUCCAUAUGGUCAGAAGUGAUUAGUUUGGUGUCAUCCUGAGCUAUAAGACUAUAAAUCUCAUUUACACUAGACAGUGACACUCGCCAGAUGAAUAAAACUUCUGUCAUCUAAUUUUCAUCACCCUCUACUCUUCUCAUGGUCAUUUUUCUGAGUCAGAAUUCCUCUUUCUUAAAUCAGAUUGUAUAUUUUUUUUCCUCUCCUGAGGCUGUUUUGUGUUUUGUGAAUGUUGCAGUAAUGUGUUGGUUGCAGUUAUGUGUUGUGUUGAAGGUAUUAAGACCUUUAUAAAUUCAGAAAGCUGCCUGUUUAUGCUGUUCUAUGAUUCUAUUAGAAAUGUUAAUUAAUUGAUUAAUAACUGCAGCAUAAUUAACUAUCUGUA